UUUUCCGAUUGAUUUCAUUUUCACCCUUAAUUGUAAUGUUUGUUAUUCAAUUAAUAUUUGGUACUUUAGCCCCCCCCCUCCCUCCCCCAUUCUCCACUGUUUCUAUUUUACACCAAAAUCCCCCCAUUUCUCUUUAAUAAUAGAAAAAUGCCGUUUAUCCCCCCGGGACCCCCCAGUAGGGGAGGUGGAGCUGGGGGGACACUGGGGGGACACUGGGAGCACUGGGUUCAACUGGGGGUGCUGGUUAGAACUGGGAGCACUGGUUUGGACUGGGGUUACUGGUUUGGACUGGGAGUGCUGGGCUGAGCCGGGGCUACUGGGCUGGACUGGGGGUGUUGAGCCGGGGCUACUGGGCUGGACUGGGGUUACUGAGCUGGGGUUACUGGGCUGGACUGGGGGUGCUGAGCUGGGGUUACUGGGCUGGACUGGGAGCACCCGUUUGAACUGGAGACGCUGCUCCACACCCGUCACGCGCGGUGUCACCGUUUCGGGUGACACCCCAGCCCCCCCGCCGCCCAUUGGCAGCUCCAGCCCCCGAGGGGGCGGGAAGUGGCCGGGGCCGCUGUCCCCCCCCCGUGGCACCACCGCCCGUCCCGCUGUCCCCGUGUCACCCGUGUCACCCGCGGCCGGACUCGCCCCCAGGUGCGGGCGGCAGGACGGCUCGGCCACCGAUGCCCGGAUGCCCCUUCCAGCCCCGUCCCCGCCGGUGGCAGCACCUCCCGGUGUCCCCCGUGUCCCCGCUGGACGCCAUGUGUCCCCCCGGCGCCCGCGGGGUUUGGUGGCUGGCGCUGCUGGCGCUGCUGGCACCGGCGGGGGACGCGGCGCAGCCGCUGUGCCAGAUCGACGCCGCGGGCGGGACGGGGCUGUGCCGGGGGCAGGGCCUGGCGCGGGUGCCCCCCGCUCUCCCCGGCGGCCUCCGUGAGCUGGACCUGUCCUACAACAAGCUGCGCGAGAUCACGGCGGCCGAUUUCGCCGGCAUGACCCGGCUGCGGCGCCUGGACCUGGCGUACAACAGCAUCUCCCGCAUCGCGCCGGGCGCCUUCCUCGCCACCCCCCUCCUGGAGCAUCUGCGGCUCUUCAACAACUCCCUGGACCGCAUCCCGGCGCCGGCGCUGGCGCCGUUGGCCAACCUGCGCUGGCUGGACAUGUCCAACAACCUGUACGGCAGCGCGGCCCUGGACGGCGUCUUCGGGCGGCUGCGGCGGCUGCGGGAGCUGUCGCUGGGGGGGCCGCUGCUGCGGGACGUCUCGCGGGGGGACUUCGCCGUCCUCAAGGACACGGCGCUGCGCAAGUUCGCCAUCAAGUCGGCCUCCGGGCUCCUGCGCUACGAGCCCGGCGCCUUCUCCUGGCUCAACACCACGGAGCUGUGGUGCGACGUGGCGCUGGACGGCAGCGCGGCGGCUCUGCCGGCGAUGCUGCGCGACCUGCGCGGCAAACCCCUCGAGCUCCUGCGCUUCCGCAACCUCUUUGAGUUCACCUACUACUCCGGCGACGCCGACCCCUUCGCCGGCCUGGCCGAGCUGCGGGUCACCAAGCUGGUGUUCUACCGCGGCAAGUUCAACGAGAACCUCCUGCGCUUGGCCUUGCUCAACAUCCAGCGCUCCCGCGUCCGCGACCUGGCGCUGGUGGCCAUCGACUUCGCCCGCUCGCCGCGCUGGGACGGCGCCGGCGCGGGGACGGCGGCUCCGCGGCUCAACCGCCUGUUGCUGCAGGACAUCAGCAACCCCGACGUGCUGCGCUUCGACGGGACCUUCACGUGGCUGAGCGGUGUGGCCGCGCUCUCCAUCAUCAACGUCAACUUCAACUACGUGCCCUGCGACGUCUGGGCCGAGAUGCGCAACGUGGAGGCCUUGGACAUCUCCAACAACCGCCUGGAAGACGCUUUCAUCUACAACCAGCGCUGCCGCUACCAGGGCAUCAUGCCCAAGCUGGAGAGCUUCACCCUGGCCACCAACCAGCUGCUCAGCCUGGCCGUGGUGGCCGCCCUGACGCGGAGCUGGCCCCGGCUCGCCCGCCUGGACGCCAGCCACAACGGCCUGGGCGGCCUGCGGGAGACGUGCCAGUGGAGCCCGGCCCUGCGCUGGCUGGCCCUGCGCCACAACCGGGUCACGGUGGGGACCUUCGGCUGCCUGCCCACCACGCUGGAGUUCCUGGACCUCUCCUACUCACAGCUCGACCGCCUGGACAUGGACUAUUUCGCGCGGAGCCCCCGGCUGCGCGAGCUGCGCCUGAGCGGCAACAAGAUCAAGUUCAUCCCGUCGGAGUGGACGUGUCCCCGCCUGGAGGUGCUGGCCAUCGACGGCAACUCCUUCGGCGUCAUCAGCCGCGGCUCCUUCGUCAACAUGCCGCGGCUCGUCAGCCUGGCGGCCGGCAGCAACCCGUACCACUGCACCUGCGACCUGCACGGCUUCCUGGAGGAGACGCGCCGCCGGGGCCGCCCCGUCCUGGCCGACUGGCCCCAAAACUGGACCUGCUACCACCCCGAGGCGCUGCUGGACACGGCCGUGGCCGCCUACGCCCCGCGGCCCCUGGAGUGCGACGUGCCGGCGCUGGUGGCCGUGGCGGUGGCCGGCACGGCGGUGGCGGUGGCCGCCUGCGCCGUCCUCUGCUGGAAGCUGGAGGUGGGUUGGUACCUCCGCGCCACGUGCCGCCUGGUCCGCGCCAGGUACGGCGGCCAGCGCUCCGCGGGCGCCCCGCGGCCCUGCUCCUACCACGCCUUCAUCUCCUACAGCCGCGCCGACGCCGCCUGGGUGCGCCGGGAGCUGCUGCGGCGCCUGGAGAGCGUCGCCCCGCCGUACCGGCUCUGCAUCCACGAGCGCGACUUCAUGCCGGGGCGCUGGAUCAUCGAGAACAUCGUGGAGAACAUCGAGCGCAGCGCCAAGGUCGUCUUCGUGCUGUCGCGCAGCUUCGUGGACAGCGAGUGGUGCAACUACGAGCUGUACUUCGCGCAGCAGCGCGCCGUGGGGCUGGGCGCCGGGGACGUCAUCCUGGUGCUGAAGGAGCCGGUGGCCGUGCGGGGUUUGCCGCGGCGCUUCGCGCGGCUCCGCAAGAUGCUGGGGACCAAGACGUACCUGGAGUGGCCCCGCGAGGCCUCCAGGCGCCCCUUCUUCUGGCUGCAGCUCCGCAGCCUCCUGGGGACACCCGGGGAGCUGGGGGGUGGCGGGGAGGGGGACUCGGCUGCGGGUGUCACCACGUAGAGGUGGCUUCUUGCUCCGGUGCCCUUCAGGAGCGGGGAGCUGGUUUUGGGGGGUCACUGUGGGUUGGGCAUCUCCCUUGCCUCAGUUGCCCCCGAUCAAGGGGUUUGGGGGUCCUGGCUGAGGUCACUGCAUCUUCUCAAGCUCCUCCAAGGGACAGGAGGUGACAGUGUCACCCUGGGGACAUGGAGGUCACCCCAACUCCUCAAGCUCCUGCAAGGGACAAGAGAUGGGGACAGGAGGUGACAGUGUCACCCCGGGGACACGGAGGUCACUGCAACUUCUCGCCUCCUCCAAGGGACAGAAGGUGGGGACAGUGGCCGGGAGGUGGCAGCAUCACCCGGAGGACGUGGCCACUCUCAACCCACCCCAAAUCCACCCAAAAUCCCGCAGGGGGACACGCGGUGACCCCCAAAUCCCCCGUCCCGACACCCCCAGCCCGACAGCGACGUCCCCAAGGGGAAGCUCCGGGGUCCUGUCACCUCCAGGGGACACCCCGCUCCAGGGACACCCCGCUCCAGGGACACCCGGCUCCAGGGGACACCCCGUUCCAGGGACACCCCGCUCCAGGGGACACCCGGCUCCAGGGACACCCGGCUCCAGAGACACCCCGUUCCGGGGACACCCCGCUCCAGGGACACCCGGCUCCGGGGACACCCCGCUCCGGGGACACCCGGCUCCGGGGACACCCCGCUCCGGGGACACCCGGCUCCAGGGACACCCGGCUCCAGGGACACCCCGCUCCGGGGACACCCCGCUCCAGGGACACCCGGCUCCAGGACACACGCCCACCCCGUCUGAGCCAAAACCGCCAGAAAACGGGAAAAAUAGUCCCAUUCAUCAGCAGCGGGUGCCCCCGAAUCCCGCGGUCCCGCCCCCUCCCUCUCUCGUUUCUUUCCCUGUUUUUCUCCACUUCGCCUUUUCUUCCCUAAAUCCACCCCCCAAGAAAAAAAAACCCACACCGCAGCUGCUUAUUUUUAGCAGCCAAUGGGGGUGGAGGAGGGAAAAACCUGCAGAAAGAGGAAAAGAGAGAAAAAAAUACAUAUAAAUAUCCUG